AAUCAAAUCAAAUCAAAUUCAUUUUUCUUUUUCCAAAUCGAAAUUCCUGAUUAAAAUACUAGGUUUUGUCUUUCUGGAAGGAGGUAUCUCCUCUCUCUCGGUCGGUGAAGACGUUCCAAGUCCUGAAUCCUGAUGGAAUUGGUACAGUGAAUGACAACACUACCAUAUUUCCUCCACUAAAACCUUAAUUUUCUUCGUUCACUUUUUGUUCCUAUCAAGUAUCAACAUAUCCCAACCCAAAAAAACCCUAGUUUUCAUGGCCACAGGGAAGAAACAAUCGGAAGGUAUAGCCCUGCUCUCCCUCUCCUCCAUCUAUGGCGACGAAGACGAUGAAAUGGAGGAUAUUAACGACGAAUACAAAGAAGAACAACAAGACGACUUCAUGACUGAUGGUAACGACGUUAACAUUACAGAAGAUGAUUCAAAGAACAACAGUGAUCAGAUUGUUCAUUCUGAUUCUGCCAAUGAUUACACACCGCCACUUUCCAAUGAAGUUUCUAGCCCUAAAUCCCUCAAUUUCGGGACUUCGACGCCUCAAAAUGAUCAGCUUUCUCUCUCAUCGCCACAACCACUGCCACCGCAACAACAGCUUCCGUCGGAUUCGAAUAGAAUUAGAAGGGGGACAUUAACGAUUGUUGAUUACGGUCACGAUGAAGGUGCACUCUCCCCUGAAGCUGAGGAGGGAGAAAUAGUAACCACUGGUCGUGUUAUGUUUGGUGUGGAGCUUCAAACAGCUAACGUUUUAGGUGACUUUCAAGAGAAAACGCCUUCAGGAACUGUCCAGGUCCUAACGCCAAACACUCAAGCAACUCCUCCUCAAUCAUCUGAACAACUCAAUCCAUCACAGUCUGAUCCAAUUAACUAUGCUGUAAAUGAAUCAGAACCUGCAGAGGUUGACAAUGCUGAUCAAAUUUCUAUAGAGGUGCCAAAAGAUGUUGAUCCAUUGGACGGGUUUUUGCCCUCGCCUCCAAAAUCCAAGUGCUCUGAUGAACUUCAAGAAAAAAUCAAGAAGUUUCUUGCAUAUAAGAGAAGUGGAAAAAGCUUUAAUUCAGAAGUCCGCAACAGGAAGGAAUAUCGGAACCCUGACUUCUUGCAGCAUGCAGUGAUGUAUCAAGACAUUGAUCAGAUAGGAUCUUGCUUCAGCAAAGAUGUAUUCGACCCUCGUGGAUAUGACAAAAGUGACUACUAUGAUGAAAUAGAGGCUGAUAUGAAACGUGAAAUGGAGAGGAAGGAGCAAGAAAAGAAGAAGAGUCAAAAGGUUGAAUUUAUCGGGGGAGGAACACAGCCUGGAACAAUUGCUUCGGCACCAAAAAUUAGCAUGCCAAUUACAGGUGUAUCCACUGUGGUUGCUGGUGGAUUGCAUUCAGUUCCAGCUGCAGUUGAUGCUGUGGCUCGGGAUGGUAGGCAGAAUAAGAAAUCAAAGUGGGAUAAGGUUUCCAUAGAUGCUGUGGAUGGUGAUCGGAGGAAUCCUCUGCCGGCCGGAGGGCAGGAUUCUGUAUCUGCUGUUGGAUCGCAUGCGGCCAUUCUGUCUGCUGCUAAUGCUGGUACUGGAUAUACUGCUUUUGCGCUACAGAGACGACGGGAGGCAGAGGAGAGAAGAUCUAGUGAAAAGAAAUUGGACAGAAGAUCUUGAGCCAUUCAUUGUGCGUCUUUACCAUGAAACUAUCACACCCCCCAACAUCAAGUCAGAUGGGAUGGCUCCGUACAAUGUUGUGACUCGUAGGCUUGUAUUCUGUGGUCAGAUAAAAUUUUUUGUACAUGGGCAGAACGAAAAUGCAUUUCUAUCUUGAUUAUUGCCUUAUAAUUUUUUCUGUAACUGUUGAUGAAUCACAUCCUUUUUCUUCCCCUA